AUGAAGGAAAUUGGGAGUGGAUCAUAUGGAGUUGUCUGGGGAGCAUUGAAUGAACAUACUGAAGAAGUGGUUGCGAUCAAGCAACUGAAGAUGAAGUAUAACUCGACGAAAGAAUGCAUGAACCUGACAGAAGUCAAGGCACUACGCCAGAUGGAUCAUCCCAAUAUCGUAAAGCUCAAGGAAAUCAUCAAAGAAUACGAUAGUCUGGCGUACAUGCACAAUAACAGCUACUUUCAUCGUGACCUCAAACCAGAGAACCUUCUUGUUUCCAAGGAUGUAAUAAAGAUUGCUGAUCUUGGUCUAGUUGGCGAGACGAACCAACAGCCAUACACUGUUAAUGUUGGGUUACGCUGUGUGAUCGGCAGUCCAACAGAAAGCAUGUUGAGCCUGGUAAAUAGCAAUUAUCAGUACCCACAGCUUCCUGGCGUCCAACUUUCUUCACUAUUACCAUCUGCAAGUCUGGAAUCACUCAAUCUGAUUGCCACACUUCUUUCAUGGAGUCCAUCCGCAAGGCCGACAGCGAUGAAGGCACUUGAUCAUCCUUUCUUCAAUACCUGUUCUGAAACAGAAGAUUCCUCGGAUCCUUCCGAAAACUUGAUAUGCCCGCCCCCAGAAAAUCAAUUCUACGGUUCCGAAACAGAAGAUUCCUCGGAAAAAUUGACUGGUCUGCUCCCAGAAAAUAUAUUUUGUGGUUCUGAAACAGAAGAUUCCUCGGAGGACCUAGAAAACCCAUUUUGUGUUUCCAAAACAGAAGAUCCCUAG